UUCCCAGUCCCUCGUUCGGUGAGGAUGUUACAAAUAAAUUAAGGCAACAUAUAUAAUCUCUUUAGCGCAAUAUUUUAUGCAGUUGGUAUUUAGAAUGACAUAGAUGGAAACGGUCACUGACAGCGGGGUCUGUUUGUGGCGUGAACGCCUUUGCUUUGGGUGAAAACUUUCCUCGAUAUUCGCAUGAAUGUAUUGGUUCAGACAGAGGAGUUUAAUCCCUCUCUCCAAGAUCCUUGGAUCAAGAUACAGUUCAUGGCAAAUGGUUGUUUGAGCGGCUGUAGAAAGCGGGAAGGAGAGAGUUGCAGAGAGUACUUAAGUUGACAGCGGCAUCAAUAAACUAACAUAACUAUGUAGGAUCAAAAUUACAACAAUUCCGUAAAUGACGACGGAAGUCUACGUGCAUCCUACACCAGAUAUCAUCUGCGACUGACUUAAGUAACUAUUCGGCCCUGAUCUUCUCAGCCUGUCUGCAGGCUCCUCAUGGUUGACCACAUAUUCCCCGAACCAUUGUGCAACUGGUUGAAGUUGCAGUAACCUAGUUCCCAGUCUGAACCAUCCAAUCUUGGCCCUCAAUUCGCUCAUCAGAUGCCCGCAAUUUUAAACAUGUAUCGUCUUUCUAACUCCUUACAUGACCACCUGCGAACUCUUCCAAUCCUCUUGAUGUCUGGGCUUUCUUUGGAGUUAAAAUGUAACAGCAGAGGUGGGACUAUUGUGGGUCAUGUUCAAACAGUAAUGACCAGGAGAGCAAGUUGUGCCAAUGGAAACCAAUCGUUUCCGGGUACUUAGUUGGAUGGAAUGUCUGCGCAUUCUAGUACUGGCAAAUUAGGCUUGAUAGAAGGAUGGGUGUGGUUGAGCUGGGUCUGAUAUUAAAUGCUCGGGUUUUAUUAUGCCAUCUCUCUGUACAGAUUCAGUUGGGAUACCAGGAAGUCGUUUGGUGUUCCGAAUCUUGAGCGUACAAUUAACGGCUGGACCAUGGCACAAGAAAUGUCACAAUACUUGUAUCUGAGGCAGAUCAAAUGUUGGCCCUGUGGAGAAUCGCUCUUUUCACGAUACUGCCUUUAACACCGAUAAUAGAAGUACUACAUUCUUUGGCAAGCUGCGUUCCUAAGUUAAAGGUCCACACUGUUGACAUUUAGAUGCUAAACCCGAUAUAUGAUGCACUAGGGGGAAUUUGUAUGUGCAAAGUGUAAGUAAGCAGUCGGAAUCUUAGCAGAAAUAAUAUGUUCACUAAGUGGGGAAAAAUUUCCAUUCAGAAUGUAGGGAUUGAAAAAAAGUUGCGCAGCGCUAAUGAGAAUAUUUUAAAACAGGCUGUGUGAUUAUAAUCAUUUCAGUGAACUUUUGUGAAUGAUCGUUAUUGCUUUUUGUUAUAGGUAAAUGUGAUUAUUAUCACCCUUUAACAAUCAUGCUUCAUAUUGGGUUGGACGUUUUGUUCCUCACCAACUCCCUGUAGUCGGAGCCCGCGGUAUAAGAGGGGGAAAAAAGCAGGAUGGGAAAAAGAUGGGAAUUCCGCUCAGUGUUCAGGAAGCGAUAGUUUAAAUACAUCAACACAACUGACGACGUUUCUUUUUAUGUGUAAUAUUCGAAGGCAAAAGACAAUGAAAAAUACAAAUUUGCAUUAUGUUUGAAUUAUAACAUCACUUCCCGCAUUAAACGUUGCAUAUAUCCCCCCUAGUUGUUUGAGUUUUUGUUGUUGGUUCGAAUGUAUGCCAUAUUACUUCCCUGAUUUCUCCCCGAUGAUCACCAAUGCAUUUCAAAACGCGGAACAUUUCCGCGAACGAGCAAUUCGUUUUAAUUCACAAAAUGUUAUUAUUUGUAACUUUGCAAUCAGCCAAUUUCUGAAGCCGGCAAAGAUAUUUUUCCAUGAAUGUCUGGAACAUCGGAUUGAUGCAGAAUCUAAAUGAGUUCUGACUCUCGAGUCCAACGUCAAUUUGUUCCAGCUCUAUUGUAAUUAUUAGUCGAUGUAGACUUUUCCUGGAUUAGAAAUAUUUAUAUGAACAUUUUCAACAGCGCUACCUUUGUAGAUAAGAUGAAAUAGGCUAACAUUCAGAGAAUCGCAGGAGCAAAUUCCAAAACGAAAGUUAUUCUAAGUUUUAUGAAAACGACCCACAGUAUUGGCACCUAAUUUAAAAUUCUACUAUACAAUAAGGGACAAGCAAACAUACUUGGCCAACCUACUUUUUGAAUACACCCAAUAGAGCGUCUAUGGUGGACUCUGAAAUCCGGAUCUUAAAUAUAUGUAAAACUAUAAAAUUCGGAAUAGUUAUUUGUAUUUCAGUGCUUAGCCGCAUGCCUUCGCAUGAAACGAUUUGUCCCUCUUUGCCAACAGGUAUGCCUAAGAAAAGGGAGGAUAAAUGCGGACAGUCGAUCCAGUAACACAAUCAAACAAAAUGUACUUUGCAACUUCCUUGCCUUGAUUUCACAGACAAUUUAGUGUUCAGUCAGUCUUGCUCUGGUUUAGACAAAUGCAAAACACUGCCCGAGGGCUUGUAAAAGUGUAUUUCGCUGCUCAAUUGAUUCAAUCUCACAGCGAUAGUUCUCAGUUUUAAAAUACACACUGGGUUCUCGGCUCCGAGCGCCCCCCCCGUCUGUUUUUCAUUGUUUUAACACUUUCCCAGGGAGUUUGAAGAGGGUCCCACGCUGUGUCUGCUAAUCAUCUUUCUAUGAGUCGAUUUGAAUAUUCCAGUGAUUAAGGCUUUGUUGACUUUGAUGCAUGUUCACGGCUUUGUUAAGACUAUAUAAAAACAGGGAGUCCGAGUACAAGGUAGUAGUACUGGAAGGUUGGAUUUCGUGUAGCCACAACAAACUUUCGCAGCUUUCCAGAGCUUCUCAAGGCCUCUCAACGGUCUGUUGUUCGUUGGAAAGGACCGUUUCCCUCUCAGAAAUCGAAUUAUCAUUUACUGGAUACAGUAGACACAAUGAGAAUUCUUUAUCUGGUAUCUGUGUUACAUUUAGUGUUUUUGAAGUUGAUAUCUGAAGCAGUUAGCUUCCGACCGAAGAUUCAGCCCUUGCCCAUUCAAGCAGAAGAUGAUCUCGUUCAUUCUAAAGGAGUUGCAGGUUGCUCUUUCGGUGGGAAACUAUACGCGCUCCGGGAUACCUGGCACCCGGACCUAGGGCAGCCUUUCGGAGUGAUGCACUGCGUCAUUUGCCACUGUGAGCCGCAACGAAAUCGACGAGGUAAGGUUAAUGGCAAAGUAAGCUGCAGGAAUAUCAAGCAGGACUGUGGCGAGCCUCCCUGCCGCAACGCGGUCUUACUGCCCGGACACUGCUGUAAAACCUGCGCCAAAGAAGGUGCCGGCAGCUCAGAGAAGGAAGCUGACCUCACCUCGGACGGAUUUGAGUACUUCCCUCUGGAGAAAGAGGAUGACCUCCAAAAAAGUCACAACGACCGAUCAUACAUCACCUCCGAGGAUAUUUCAAUGGACGACAGCAGGACAGAUUUUGUGGCCUUGCUCACAUCAACAACCGGCCAACUGCCAGCAUCCCCAGGAGUGGCUAAAGCUCGUCUCACGCUGGUCAGAUCCAACCUGGUAUUCGCCAUUCACUAUGAAAGACUCCGCCGCCCUAUUAGGGUAAGCUUUCGGGAUCAGGAUGGGACAGUUUUAUUCGAACAUCCAGUUCGCAAGAUGACUACACCUCAAAGCAACCUGAUCUGUGGCCUGUGGAGAAAUGUACAUAAACCUUUUAUCAAGCUGCUGAAGUCUGAUCAGCUCCACAUUGUGCUGAUGGCACAGCCACAGUCAGAUGCUGCCAUCCUAGGCAAAAUUGUCAAGCACAGAGCACUCUUUGCUGAAACAUUCAGUUCUGUUCUGACUUCGACUGACGCUGAUCACUCCGGACUGGGUGGCAUUGCCAUGCUGACACUCAGCGAUGUUGAAAAUAAUCUACAUUUUAUCAUCAUGUUUGAGGGGCUGCUGAACAAAAGUGAAAAAGACCACAGCCUGGUCCCAGUCCGCGUGCAAUUAUCAUAUGGGAGCCAGCCAUUGAGAGAAGUCAGAGCCAACAUCACCACCCAUGACUCCAAUUUUGCUGAAGUGAUGACUGACCUCAGUAACAAGGAGAUGUUCCUGCUUUCACAUGGCCAGUUGGAAAUUUCUCUGGAAACUGAAGGCAGAAAUCCAAAUCGUAUUUCUGGAAUUGUCACAGCCAAGAAAACAUGUGAUACUAUUCAGAGUGUACUCUCAGGUGGAAAUGCUCUCACGGCCACUAAAACUGGUGCUGUUGGUUCAGCAAAAUUUACUUUACAUGACAAUGGGACUCUUGAAUUUCAGGUACAAGUAGCUGGCAUUGCCAGUGAAGUCAUAGGGCUCACAAUUGAAACAAAGCCUCGACGCAGGCACAGACGGAAUAUUUUACACGAUUUAACUUCGGACUACAGGAAUAAUUUUGCAACUGGAAUUAGCAACAGUCUAAAUGCCAGGGACGUUCAUAUGCUAUUACAGAAUGAGCUCUUCAUCAAUGUUGCAACAAAGGAGUAUGAAGAGGGGGAACUGAGAGGACAAAUCAGUUCUUUACUCUAUAGUGGCCUUCAAGCAAGAUACUACGAUCUGCCAAUCCCAUUAGCUGGACAGUUUGUGGUACCCCCUGUAAAGACUAGCUCAGCAGGGCAUGCUUGGAUGUCUUUGGAUGAACACUGCCACCUACACUAUGAGAUACUUGUGGCUGGGCUGAGUAAAACUGAAGACAUUACCAUUAAUGCACAUCUCCAUGGAUUCGCUGAGAUUGGGGAAGUGGAUGAGAACAGCGGUGAACAUAAGCGGCUCCUUAAAGGGUUUUAUGGAUCUGAGGCUCAAGGAAUAUUGAAGGAUAUUAGUAGUGAUCUCCUGCGACAUCUUAAUAGAGGAACGGCAUUUAUUCAAGUUACCACAAAACUUAAUCCUAGAGGAGAAAUACGAGGACCGGUGCUGAUUCCAAACCAGUGCGAGUCGAGAGGGUUUGUCACAACUAAGGAACCGGAGUUUGAAGACGGUCUUUUUGAGGAAGUUGUACCUGCUUCAGAGGAGUUGAAGAAAGAUCCAAAUUCUUGUUACUUUGAAGGGAAACGUAGAGCCCAUGAGUCCCAGUGGGCACCAGAUUAUGACCGGAAGUGCUCCAUCUGUACUUGCCAGAAAAGGACUGUAAUAUGCGACCCCAUCAUAUGUCUUCCUCUGAACUGCACAGAGAUUGUUCAUGUUGAAGAUAAAUGCUGUCCUGUUUGCCAAGAUAAAACCAAAGCAAAAGAUGAAAAGAAAACAGGAACAGUCCAGGCUGAAGGCUGCUACUUUGAUGGGGACAGGAAAUGGCAUCCUGCUGGGACAACCUGGCAUCCAUUUGUACCACCGUUUGGCUAUGUGAAGUGUGCAGUAUGCAGCUGUAAGGGGGCAACUGGGGAGGUUCAUUGUGAGAAGGUUCAAUGCCCAGCUCUGCCUUGUAGCCAGCCCAUUAGGAGGAAUGCAUCAAACUGUUGCAAAGAAUGUCCAGUUACAGAGAUUGCCCCUUUUGACCACACAGACAUGAUGCAGGCUGAUGGGCCCAGGCCCUGCAAAUUUGGGCGUCAUAUAUACAUGAACAAUAAUAAAUGGCAUCCUGAAGUUCCUCCGUUUGGGGAAAUGAAAUGCAUUACUUGCUGGUGUGAUGAGGGGUCCACAAAGUGUCAACGAGAGAAGUGUCCGCUUCUAACCUGUGAGAAAAUUGUAAAGCAACAGCACAAGUGCUGUCCAGAGUGUGAAGCAGAGACUUCAUAUUAUAAUGAAGAUGGAGAGAAAUUAAAAAGCCAACAGGACAAGAGCUGGGAUUCUCAACCACUAUCUGACUGAAUUUGUGUUAAUACAUUCCACACGUGCAGUGAACAGAGUAAGCAUGUGCAGGGUGCAAGGAUGCCUACUUCAGUUCAUCAGAUUGAGAUUUUGAGGCUUCACUUGAAAGAUGAAUGAAAAAUCAAUGAAUGACAGUUGACUCAGUAUUUGGUGCUGUUAAUCGAAGAGGAACAAAGCUGUGAAUACCAUCAGCAACUGUGACUUGUUCUUCGUAGUGAAUUCAGAAGUAGGUACUUGAGUGGCCUGGAAAAAAGACAAUCAGAUCCUGCAAGGAAGCAUGAAAUCAGACUGAAAGAUCUUUCAGAAAUUAGAUGAAUGAGACAAUGAUGAAGUAAUCAUUGCCAAAAGGUCUCUGUUAACUAUCAUCAAUGCUUUCUGCAAUUCAAAGGACUUUGAGGAACAGACUUAUUUCAUGUUGUUAGAUAACUUUGGUUUAAAAUGGCAAGAUGUUGUGCUUCCCAUGCAUAUGUUAGCUUUUUCUUGAAGUGUAAAUCCACAAUCAUGUGAUUAUCGCACAACACACAAAAAAAUCACAUGGGUGUGCAAGUUCCAUCCAGUGAGGGACUUCCUGGGAAGGGAGCCCAGAACACAGCUGAAUGAAUGAAGGUGUGAUACCUUUCUUUUUCUUUUAGCAAUUUGUCGUUAAAUUUCUCUUGGAGAUUCCCAGUGGGAGAAGCGGCUUGGUUCAUGUGUCCUGAUCUGCAUUUCAAUUGACCUUUUUUAUAUCCUCGCUAUGCUUCUGUGAUAGUCAUUUGCAUAUGCAGAAAGACCCCCCCCCCCCCCCCCCCCCCCCCCCCGGGGAUGAAGGUAUCAGAUAAUGGAAGUGUUAAGUAUGAGGCAAUUUACAUGUGUGCCCUCAACAAGCCCCAGUUGCAUUCUUCCUAAAUUCCUCACAGGGUCUUUAUUUGUUAACCUCUGCAAGAGUGCUUUUGUUGAGAGAUUUAAUUUACAAUGAAAUAAAUUGUAGCAGGUGAAAGUGAAGAAAGAUCUCCAGCCAACAUUUGCUUUAAAUUGUGGCGACCCAUUUCCUGGCACAUCCGAACCGGCUCACAAUUAGAUAGCCUACGGGGGUUUGCGAGCACAGAGCUUUGGAGCCUCUGCGCCAUGGGGGGGGGGGGGUG